AUGAUCCGGGGUGUGGAAGUGCCGAUGGCGGACCACCCGCCGCCGCCGCCGCCGCCGCCCGUCAUCUUCUGCCACGACUCCCCGAAGCGGGUGCUGGUGUCGGUCAUCAGGACGACCCCGAUCAAGGCCACGUGCGGCGGCGGAGGGGAGCCGGAGCCGCCGCCGCCGCUCAUCCCCACCAGCCCCGGCUUCAGCGACUUCAUGGUGUACCCGUGGCGCUGGGGCGAGAACGCGCACAACGUGACGCUCAGCCCGGGGGCCGCGGGGGGCGCCGCCUCGGCUGCCCAGCCCGCCGCCGCCGCCCAGCGCCCGGGGCUCCGCGGCCGGGGCGCGCCGCACCCCGCCGCCUCGGGGGGCGAGGACGAGGAGGAGGCGAGCAGCCCGGACAGCGGCCACCUCAAGGAUGGGAUUCGACGUGGUAGACCCAGAGCAGAUACUGUCCGGGAUUUAAUAAAUGAAGGAGAGCAUUCGUCCAGCAGAAUUCGUUGUAACAUCUGUAAUAGGGUGUUUCCACGGGAGAAAUCGCUUCAGGCUCACAAAAGGACUCAUACAGGUGAGAGACCCUACCUGUGUGACUAUCCAGACUGUGGCAAAGCAUUUGUUCAAAGUGGACAGCUCAAAACGCAUCAGCGCCUUCACACGGGAGAAAAACCUUUUGUUUGUUCAGAAAAUGGCUGUCUGAGCAGAUUCACCCACGCCAACCGCCAUUGUCCCAAGCACCCUUAUGCCAGGCUGAAGCGGGAGGAGCCCACCGAUGCUCUCACCAAGCACCAGGCUGUGGACAACCAGGCCGCUGCCGAGUGGCUGGCAAAGUAUUGGGAAAUGAAAGAGCAGCGCACCCCCACCUUGAAAGGAAAGCUCACGCAGAAGGCGGACCAGGAGCAGCAGGACCCUCUGGAAUACCUGCAGUCGGACGAGGAGGACGACGAGAAGAGGGGGGCCCAGCGGCGGCUGCAGGAGCAGCGCGAGCGCCUGCACGGAGCCCUGGCCCUCAUCGAGCUCGCCAACCUGACGGGCGCGCCGCUCCGCCAGUAG